CUGGCCUAGCUAAUAAAUGGCUGACACAAACGGCUAGCUAGCAACAGACAAGGGGGGCUGAGCAUACAUCAGUUAAAAGCGUUCCCAAACUGUCCCUUGCUAGCUCGUCUUAGCGAAACAGUUUAGGGAGAAACGUCCGAGCCUCCUCUCCCCACCCCGCCGAGCAGUCUGCAAAUCCCGUCGAAAUGUCCGCUUUCUCCGAGGCUGCCUUAGAGAAGAAACUAUCCGAGCUCAGCAACUCCCAGCAAAGUGUUCAAACGCUGUCCCUGUGGCUCAUCCAUCACAGAAAACACUCGAAGACCAUUGUCAACGUUUGGUUCAACGAACUUAGAAAAGCUCAGGUAUCAAGAAAGCUGACCUUCCUCUACUUGGCAAAUGAUGUCAUCCAGAACAGCAAGAGGAAAGGACCUGAGUUCACCCAGGACUUUGCACCAGUCAUUAUUGAUGCUUUUAAACACGUGUCCAGGGAGGGGGAGGAAGGCUGUAAGAAACAGUUGGGCCGGGUUUUGUCCAUCUGGCAGGAAAGAGCCGUGUAUGAGAACAACCUGCUGGACCAGCUCUCACAAGUUCUACAUGGAGAGAAGAAGGCCAAGAAGAGGUCAUAUGAGGAGAUCCAAUUGGAUGACGAGGACUUUGCCUCCCAGAGCUCCCCAGCAGAGCCCCCACAGACUGCAGAGUUAAUCCGAGCCCUGCAGGAACUGGAGAAUGCAGCCUCAAGCGACUCAGCGCUGCAUCAGCGCAUCUCCUCCCUGCCGGCUGAGGUGCAGGACGUGUCACUGCUCCACAGGAUCACAGAUAAGGAGUCGGGAGAACGGCUCUCCAGGCUGGUGGAGGAGGCCUGUAUGCUACUGGCAGACUACAGCGGCCGCUUGGCGGCGGAGAUCGAUGACAGGCGGCAGCUAACACGCACACUGACGGUCUUCCUGCACAGCCAGAAGGAUGGCCUGGCCCAGAACGAGCAGAAACUAGAAGAAUACAAACGCAAACUGGCGAGAGUGACCCAGGUCCGGAAGGAGUUGCGAUCUCGUCUGAACAAUCUGCCAGCAGGCCUCUACAACCCUUCAAACUGAAGGAUCACCUCUGUUAUCCCCUCCGGCAGUUGACACUUCUCUCAGCUUGUCAGUUAUUCUGACAUUUUACACUGACGGCCAUUCAUGAUUUCAGGAUCUUUGGGAGAUUACUUUCUGUAUGUCAUUAAAUUGGAGAAGUGGCUUCUCUAUACAUGAUAUAUAAGACACACUCCCCCUGCUGACUCACCCAGUUAAAUAGUAAACCAACCCAUACAUUGUAAAUUGCAUUUUCCCCUCAUCAAAGGCCUCUUGUGCUUUGGCCGAUGCCCACCUACCUUUUAUGCCCUUAACGUGGUACGGAUGAUGAUGGUGUGAUGUUAUUUUUGUAUUUAUAGUGACCUAAGAUAACACACCAGAGGCUGUACAACUGUACGCCCAGUGACUAUACCCCCCCCCCACCCUUAUGUGAUAUUUAAUAAUCCAUUACAGUUAUAUGGGUUGCUGACAACCCCUGUUUUUCUCUAGUAAGCACUGUAAAUGUGUCUGUCUUACACUUGGCUGUAGCUCAUGACGCUGGGUGUUCUACUUACAGCUGGGGUUUUUGAGUUUGGUAUUAUACAAUAUGUUGAAGGAUUUUAAAAAGAAUCUCAAGCCUAGGUUUACUUGCCUAACUUCAGUAGUUAGAAAUGAAAGCAAACCAACACAUUUGACUGUUUUACUUAAAUCCUCUGGAGGGGGGGGUGUAACAUUGCUCAUUGUAUAUAUUAUGCAGAGUUGCAUGUAAAUACUAAAAAAAAGUUGUUUUACCUGUUUGUCUUUAUGAUUUAUGCCCAUGCCAUCAUGGGUUGUGAACUGGCCAUUCAGACAAAAUACCUGAGACAUCCCUCAAGAUAGGUGAUAUCGCUGCUGUCGCCGAGAUGUCUCGUACUACACUGAGUGAAGAGCCUUGUUGUGGUCUCGUUUACUGCAACAUUAUUGCUUCGUAGUUUUUACCUCUGGUCUACUGAAUGUCGCUCAGUCGUCUCACACUGCUAGACAAGUGCCCCGCUGUUACCAAAACCAGGCUUCAUUACACCUGUGUGUUUUUGUACAUAACAAAGCAAAUUCGUAGAGCCAAUAAAAAAUACAA